CUCACCUUGAAACUGAAAUCCUCUCAGUCUGGCAACCAUCCACGACCUGGAGUUUUAAGCUUGGUGUGAUGUCUGGUCUGGUGUGGGAAUUGCGACACCUUCUUUGCGUUACAACACAGGUGAGAACUGGCAGCUACCUAUAUAAAAGACUCCCUCCAUCACACUGACAAAGCACUGACAGCAAGGUUGCCAUUUGGAUCCUUGGACCAUACCACCAGACAAAGAUUUUUUUUUUGCUGUAACUUUUUAGUUGUUUAGUCAGCAGAAAUUAAUUGCGUAAUUACUAUUUCUAUUUUUGUGUCAAAGAAUGGCUUUCCCAAUCAGCCUCGUCUUUUUGUCAAGUUGGACAGCUGUAGCUUUUAUGUUCCCUCACAGUACUUUUGACAACAUUGUUAAAGGGUCAAGAGUCGAGUUUGAAUCAUCUGGCAGCGGACCAGAUGAGCCUGUCCAGGGAGUAGUUAAGGUUGUGCAGCUGGACCCUCAUGCCCUGGCCCAGUCAGGGUUCUUCAGAAGGGGACUGACCCCCAGAAGAGCUCCCUCCCUCAGCUCGAGAUUGUCCUUCCCUGCUUUCUUGUCUCAUGGGCGUCCAGGCACGGCCCCGCUCCCCAAGACCCCAGUGAGUCCACUACACCACCUGCAACCUAAAAGCCCCACUGACAUGGAACUAAAGAAGAGGCAAGGCCUGCAGAUGUGGCAGAGAGCCAUAAAUAAAGGAGAGAAGAUGACCAUGUCCCUGCCAGUCAACCUGAAGGACACUAAACAGACAUGCGCAGCGGUACCUUUCACGAUGCGUGUGACAGCAGACGGAUGCGACACCGUAACAGUGCACAACAAGCUGUGUUUCGGCCAGUGCAGCUCCCUGUUUGUCCCAUCCGAAGGGGAGUUUGCAGCGUUGGGUACUGGAACAUGGGCCCUUCACCACCGGGCCCCCUGCUCCCGUUGCGCCCCAUCCAAAGCUCACACUGUGGCUGUGCCCCUGCGCUGUGGAGCCGAGGUCCGGGAGAAGCGAGUGAUGGUGGUGGAGGAGUGCAAGUGUGAGACGAGCCGUGAGGAAAAGAGUGCUGAGGCUGCAGCUUCUACGCACCUGUAGCUGUGUUACAGCUGUUGUAACAAAAAUACAUGACAUUUUUGUUUUUGUCAUUGAUUUGCUACAGUUUAAAAAAGGGAAUAGAAGGGCAUGUAACGUUUUUCAUUUGGAUUGACACCUAUAUUCUCUGUCAAAUCACUGCCAAGAUGCAUUUAUUUUCCAUAAAUCAUGUGAAAAUUAGACACUUGUAAUCAAUAUUUAUAUGUAUGUAUGUUUAUUUGUAUUUGUUUAUGAGCCUGAAUGUGCAAUUCAGAGUAAAAUAUUCUGGUGGUUUCUUCCACCACUUAUUGAUGACAAAAUGACCUAUAUUUUGGUCAUGCAAUCUUCUGUUGCAACAGAUGGAGCCGUCCACACUGGACUUGUGAUAAUGUUCAAAAAAUUUGUUUAGAUUAAUCUAAACUGAAAUAUUGUGAUCUGUAAUAUUGUCAUUAAAAUGUCCUCUUUGUCCAAAUUCCUUUUGCCUGGAAACUAAUUAGUUUUCUGCCAACACUGUUGGAUUUACAAAUGCAAUUUAGUUUGCAAAGCUUAAGUAAAAACAUGAUGAGCAUUUGUUGUUUUUUCCACCCACUCUCGUAAUCAAGCGUUCAAGUGUCAGCUCCUAUAUUUUAUUAAAAAGCCAUGUUCCACCGACUUUUAGCACAUAGCACUUACAUCGAAAAGCACCAAACUAGAGUGCAAAUGAGCUAUUGAGCACGGGUACUUAGCAGUGAGCAAACAUCAUUGUUUCAGCAUGGACCCCUGAAUUAUGUAUAGGAACCACCUAUUCUCAUGUCCAAUCUCUUUUCAGUGUAGUUGUGGGAAUUUGAACAUCCUGCACUAACAGAUGCACUUGAGCGAGUGGGCAUGUGUGAUUAUGUGUGUAUGUGCUUUUUUUCAUUUAGGGCCCAUAAAACCCAUUAUUCAUUUAUAUGCUGGCACCUGGGCCUGGUAAAGUGAAC